AUGAGUUCUUUUAAUCUCUUAAACAACAACUUUAUGCAAUCUGCUAUGGAGAGAAAAUCAUUAAGAUCAAUUUAAUUUAUUCAGAAAAAUCUUGAUGGAUCUACUAAAUCAAUUUCUUAUGAAAUUUGGGAUUAAAAUGAUGGUUUAGAUUCGCCAAUGACCCCUAAAAUUAAACUUCCAAGAUCCUUUCAACCAAAAUUAAUUAAAUCAGUAAGAAAUCAAAUCAAAAAAAAGACUUCCAGAAAUAAAUUGACAUGA